CGGCCCACAAGGCCCGAGCCCACCAACCCUAGGGUUCUCUCGGUGCCAUAAGAGCCUCUCCUCUCCUCUUCUCGCACCCUGCCGCCCGCCGCCGCUGCUUAGCGCCUCACUCGCCCGCACCGCCGCAUCGCCGCAGGGUUCGCAAAGAUGGCGGUGCCGCUGCUGACGCAGAAGAUCGUGAAGAAGCGGGUCAAGCAGUUCAAGAGGCCCCACCUCGACCGCUACAAGUGCCUCAAGCCAAGCUGGCGCAGGCCCAAGGGUAUCGACUCCCGCGUCAGGCGGAAGUUCAAGGGAUGCACCUUGAUGCCCAACAUUGGAUAUGGCUCUGACAAGAAGACCAGGCACUACCUUCCCAACAAGUUCAAGAAGUUUGUUGUUCACAAUGUCUCUGAGCUGGAGCUGCUGAUGAUGCACAACAGGACUUACUGCGCUGAGAUUGCCCACAACGUGUCCACCCGCAAGCGCAAGGAGAUUGUUGAGCGUGCUGCGCAACUGGACAUUGUGGUCACCAACAAGCUUGCCAGGCUUCGCAGCCAGGAGGACGAGUGAAAUGUUCAGUAGUUUUGAUUGUGAUUUGCUGGUGUUCAAGACGUUACUGAGAUUGGAGAUACUGCUCUACCAUUUUUAUGCUUAUGUUAGACUUUUCCUAUGGACAAAAUUAUAUGUUAUGAGUAAAGAGUGAUGGAGAGUACCAUCUAGUUUUGACCCGACAUCAUGAAGUGUGGAGCCUUGCAAUUGCAAGUAAUGAUAAUGAAUCUGUGACUCUGAAGCUUA